AUGAAUCAAGCUAUCCAAGGUGACAACUCUGGUGCCCCUUCAGUUCUGCCAGCGAAGAGGGGACGUGGCCGCCCUCGGAAAGAUCCAAACCUGAAGCAAGUUAAAACUGCAAAUGGACCUCCUGGUUUUGAUGAACCGAAAGGAAACCGUCCCGUUAAAGUGGAUAGAGUAGAUGUAAAUGAAAAUAUGGUGGGUGAGGCAGUGACUGGUGUUGUUGAGGCCACCUUCGAUGCUGGUUAUAUUCUCAAUGUUAGAAUUGGCGACUCCAAUACUAUUUUGAGGGGUGUUGUUCUCAAGCCAGGACAUUACGUUCCCAUCACAGAUGAAAAUGACAUAGCUCCACAUGUUCAAAUGAUCAGAAGAAACGACAGCCAGCCAUAA